CUAAUUUUGAACGCUUGUUUGUCUGCCAUUGUUGACGUCAACUGGGUGUUCAGUGUAAGACGACGCCCUUGAUCAACUGAAUUAAUUAGGCGCCAGCACAUUUGGGCAGAGAGGAAAAGGUACUCUAAACGAAUCGAACGCUUUCAGCAGGUAGUAAUAUCAUUACAACGAUGACAUUUGUACAUCUAAAAAGCAAAACCAAGAACAGAGCAAGUAAACGACAGACGACAACCAGUUUGACUGACGCCGCGUCGCCGCGUCGGUGGUCUCAACUCGGAAGAAGAAUAGUUCGGUAAAUUGUUAGGCAAUUUUGAACAGGGCCACUCUCCCCCGUUUCUAUAGUAGUUUAUAAUAAUGCUACUUCUCGAAGACGAAGCUUUAACUCCUUAACCCAAGAACACGUAAGAGACCUUAAGCUUAUUAAGCCUAGCUCCAAGGACAGCAUCAGCAGCAUACAGCAUCCAUGGCUUCCGUCGUCCUCCUCCACGCAAAGCUUGCAGCUUUCGUCUUCUCCCUGACCCUCCUCCUCUCCUCCGCGCUCGGGGCGAGGGCGGCCGUGGUGUGCGAGCAGCUGACGGCGGAGCUGUGCGCGUUCGCCGUGUCGUCGGCGUCGCGGCGGUGCGUGCUGGAGAACACGCACCGCGCGGGGCGGCCGACGGUGUACCAGUGCCGGACGUCGGAGGUGGUGGUCGAGGACGCGCGGCUGGCGGGCCUGGUGGAGACGGACCGCUGCGUGCGCGCGUGCGGCGUCGACCGCGCCACCGUCGGCAUCUCCUCCGACUCCCUCCUCGACCCGCGCGUCGCCAGCGCCAUCUGCUCGCCGGCGUGCCUCCAGGGGUGCCCCAACAUCGUCGACCUCUACUCCAACCUCGCCGCCGGAGAGGGUGUAGCUUUCUCAGAAUUGUGUGAGGUACACCGUGCGAACCCGCGCCGUGCCAUGGCACAGCUCCAGAGCUCCGGUGAUGCACAUGGCGUGCGGUUGGAUGCUGCUGCUCCUCCACCAGCUGCGCCUCCUUCAGAGUCAGCUUAAUCUCUAGAUACAUGCAUGAUAUUAAUUCAUAGAUAAAUUUAUUACACCAUAGCUCUCGCUGUUUGGAGACCUGAUGUAUCAUUUUUACGUGAACAUGUAUAAUUGUAAUAGCUUAAAGACUACUUUCUCGCCUCUCAGAUCUUGCUGCUUCCGCUUGCUUAUUGAUUUUGUUGACGUGUUGGCUGGUUGAAAAGCAAUUGAUUUUGUAUGAGGCCUUUGGAUAGCC